AUGGUUAAAAACUUAGGGAAUCUAUGCCUUGACGUUGUUUAUGAUUAUGCCAAAACGAUUACCAAUCGUAUUUCAAAGAGUGGUAGAGAACUAACAGGAGAACAAAGAGUACAGUUAAUUACACUUCAUCAUGUUAUGAAAGUUCUUAAGUUAUGGGAUUUACCCAAUUUUAUCCAACGAUAUAAAAAUGACUAUGCCAUAUGGAAUAUCCGUGUACAAGAUAUAAGCAACCCAGACUUUGUCACAUUGACACUUCGUCUUGAGUCGCCUGCAGAAUUUGAAAAAUUUAAAGCAUUUCUUCGACAUCUUAUCUCUAACUGGUUUCGCAAUAUUAAAGUACGAAAACUCGACAAUGGUCAACUAAGUUUUGUAGUCACUCAUCCAGCGCCAGCACUAUUACAUAUCUUCCCUCAAGACCGCACAAAUUUAGAUGAACAUUUCAAAUUUUCCACUUUAAGAUCAUCUCAUGUCGAAACGGUAUCAAAAAUCAUCAGUCUUAUGGCCAAAGAAUUUUGUUUGUGUAUACUGAACAAGCCUGAAAAACUGUGGGGAACCAGGACUUCAAAAAAAUUUUGCGGACUAUGAAAAGUAAAAAAAUAUGGUCACAAAAAUGUUUCCACAUCUAUGUCUAAAAAAUAGGUACGCUUGGCGUAGAUGUAUCUGCGCAAAGCAAUCACAUGGUUGCUAUGAAAAAAAUUUCAUUCACAAUUAUUGAAUAAACAUUUAUAUUUCGAAGUGACUGUAUAGCCGCAGCCGGCUAUUUAGUGAACUGCUCGCAAUGUAGUGACUUUAGUUAAAGUUGAAUUUUUAUAAGAUAAACCGAUUCCAACCCCUUCUCUAACCCUAACCUUUUCAGAGUUAGAAAGGGCGGGAAAAAUUUGAAAAUAUUUUUGGAGGAAAACAUAACUAGACCCGGGCUAUAUUUCACUUUCCGCACGCAGUGCCUUUACCAUAUAGCUAACACCAUGGUUGGAAAAACUAGCGCAAACCAACGUUUUUAUAUUUAACUAUAAUCACUAGACCCUCGUCAGUUGGCUUUAACUAUAUUUAACUAUAAUCACUUAGACCCUCGUCACAGGUCUACUUAGACCCUCGUCAGUUGGCUUAGAUUCAGGAAAUCCUGAGAUAAACCCGAUGCCCUUUUUAUAUAUUUUUAUAUAUCUGUGAAUUUUGUCUCCCACAGUUCAGGCCAGCAGUCGGACAGUACGUGGCGAUCAAAUUAGUACUUCACGUGGCAGCAAUGUCAAAAUUCCAACCAACUGAUGCGGAUGAGGACGGCCAAUGGUUAUGCAGUCAUUACAAACGACGUUGUUACGUGAAAUUUGAAUGUUGUAACAAGUUUUGGCCAUGUCAUCGUUGCCAUAACAACCAAAGCACGUGUGUCCGGAGAAAGCUUAAGUCACGUGACACGAAGCAGAUCAAGUGUUUUGCUUGUGGUCAAGAACAACCGGUAUGUGGACAAUUAAGAGUUAAUUUCCAACAUUCGUUAUUCUUAUUUUUACCUUGCACUAAAAACCUAUCAGCAAGAAACAUAUUUUAACGUAACAAACAGCUCUCUUUUGUGUUCCAGUCAUUUGUACUCGUUCUCUCCUUUCCUCACCAUACGAUUGGAAUGAAAACAACUUUGCGCUAAUAUUAUUAGAACCCUAUCCUACCCCUAAUGUUUCCUUAAUCCUUGCUUGACUAUCUGGCCAUAUUUUCCUUCCUUAAACGCGGCUGAAUAAAAGGGAGAACAGGGCAAAACAUGAAAAACAGGGAGAACAUGUGAAAGGCCAAAAUUCGGUAUUUCACCUAAUUGGUCUGCCAGGCAAAAAAAAAAACAUCUUAUCGAUUUUACUAUUGUUAUGAUAUAUUUAGCAGUUUGUGGUGAAUUCCCCUGGGGUAUUUUGAUUCGAUAGUAAACAUAAACUUCACUGUGGGCGGAGAGUGAUCGGAUUAAGGUAUAUUUGUACCAUGCUCUAUUUGUGAAACCUUCCCAUUAUUGGCCCUUCCCAUACCAGCACAUCGCGUACAUAUAUGGAGACUCGGAUUCAACCCUUGGUCGGACCUCUACUUAAGGUCUUUAUAUAACUGAGGAGAAAGAGUUACCAUUACAUGGACAUCAGUAAAUGAUUUGACUUUCGCGUCUUCUCGGAUAAGGACGUUAAAUCGUAGGUACCUCGGAUCCUCUAUGAAAUAGGCAAUAGCUUGUUGGGAAAAUCUCUCGGCAAUGAAUGGGAGACUCAAUAAACUAUAUAACUGUUGUAAUCCAUACCCUAAACUUCAUUUUAUCCAGUAUUUCUUGACCUUAUUAUAAAUUUUACUCUUAUAUAUAAUUAUGUAUUCAAUGACCUUCCUAACCCUAGUCCUUACCUUAUGCAAAUCUUAAAUCUCGUCAUUUAACCCUAAUUCCUCUGAAAUCAUUAGUAAUAUGCAUGGAAACCAGCCAACAAUAGAGGACUUGUUAGGGUUGGUUGUAUGCGUGUUUCUCAUCGGAUUUUCAAAACAAGGAUUCUCGCUACUUGAAAACAUUAUGUCGCUUUCGAAAUUUUGUCAUUUUUUCCCCCUUUUCCAUGUCACUGUCACAAUUUAGACAGAGGUUGUUUCUAAUGUCGCUAUUUCAUUUUCUAUAUAUCGUCAUGCAUUUCAAGGCAAUGUCGCACGUCAAAAUUCAUCCUAACAGGGCCUCAUAACUUAUUCCCCUUCCUGCCCCCCCCUCCCCCCCCCCUCCAAUAGUGUCCGCCACUAAUUCGAAAUAAUUCAGAAAUGACCUGUCAUAGUUUCAACUUUUGUCUCAAUCAAAGCAAAUGUUCUUUCAAUUCUUAAUUUCAGUUUGCACAUCACUGUUCAAAAUGUAACGCGAAAUUUGCGAGAUAUUUUUGUGGUCAAUGUAAACACCUGACAGGCACUGAUGACAAUCCUUACCAUUGUGAAAAGUGCGGUAUUUGCAGGUGAGAUAGAUGAAACAACUGUUGAUACAACUAUUGAAUACCGCGCAUGCUGAUACAGUUAAGCCAUGUAGCUCGAUAGCCUAAGAACCCGCGAAGAAGAUCGCUUUGAUUUUCUUAACCUGGCGUUUGUUCAAAAUUUUUAUUUUAGAAUUCACGGAGAUCGUUCAUUUCAUUGCGAUGUCUGCGGUGUGUGUUUGGACAUCCAACUUCGUGGAAAUCACAAAUGUCGCGCUGGCUCUGCACAAGAUGAAUGUUGCAUUUGUUUAGAGGUAGUGUACAUUUGAGCUGAAAUUAGGAGUAAACAUAUCAUGUGAAGUGAUAUGAGAAGUGAUACUGCCAAGUGGAGUUCACGUUUGAGCACAAUGACAAAUUUCAGAGUUGAAUUUCCUUCGCUAAACUUUCAUUCCUCUUCGCCGCUUCGUGUUCUCGUUCCUAAAUCAAUAAUUUUACAGUAUUGAGUUAAUUUAUAAUACUAAUUAUAACCAUUAGUUAUAAUUAUUACAUACAUUUACUAAUUAGAAGAAAAAAUAUACUCGAAAAAUAAUGCUAUCUUGUAAACUUAAUAUAUGAGUUAUUUAAAGAAAGCAAGACACAAAUUAUGGUGAUCAUAUUUCGACUCUAUUUCAAGGUCAUUGUCAAACCAAACUCAUUGACUAUUGUCAAACCAAUGAGUUUGACAUUGGCCCUGGUUGGGUUUCAAAUUCAUUGGUUUGACAAAGACCCUGAAAUAGAGUCAAAAUAUUACCACCAUAUUUUGUGUCUUCUUUUCUUUAAUUGACUCAUAUAUUGAGUUUACAAGAUGGUAUUGCCAUUCUGAGUAGUAUUGUUCUUAUUAUAUUUCUUUACAUUUUCUGCUGGUAAAUGAUUUUACUAAUUCAAAUACCGAAUUUUUCUUUAGUUUUUCUAACUUGGCGUACACGCCUUUGUCUCGAAAUGUCCAGAAGCCGUUUUUCUCUUUCAGAUUGUGAUUGUCAUAAAAUCCAACCAAAGCUUUCUUUUGUAUGUCACGGUCAAUGGCACACCUCCAAAGGUGUAGAGUAACUCUUACAUUUUAUUUCUUUUCCAGGAUGCAUUCACAGGAUGUCAGAUCUUACCUUGUUCUCACAAGGUACAUAAGGAGUGCGCGACGCAAAUGAUUAGAAGUGGCAUGUGAGUAUAAUAGAUGUAUUUAUAACAAUGUUUGAAUGAGGUUGAUUAGGAUAUGAAGAAUUAUCUAGCUCGAAGUUUGUGUUAUCAACCAAAGCCGAAGGCUGAGGUUGAUAACACAAACUGAGCGGAUGACAAAUAAUUCUUCAUAUCUUGCAAAAACCGAAUUCAAUUAUUGUUUUGUUAUUUAUUUAAAAGAUGAAAAAGAUAUCCGCACCUGUGUCUGAGUUCAAUUCGUCGAAUUAAUGACCAGUUCAUUUUCUCAUUUGCAGGAAAUAUUUCUAGUUUUCUUUCUUAAGAUGUUUCAAACAUUUUGUGGCUGUUUUUUAUAGAAAUUCGUCUAUAAAUAUGUCUUCUUUAAAUCUUCACGGUUUCCACAUUUCGUAUUCGUAUUCCCACAUUUCGUAUUCGCAUUUCCACAGCAUGACAUCAUAACGUUGAAUAUGAUUUUGUCAUAUUCAAGUUUAUGAUUUAUGACGUCACUCUAUUGAGUUGAUAUGACGAUAUCGCUUGGUUGUUAGCCACUCAGAGGCGAUAAAUCUUUUAAAUGUAUCAUAAUAAUUAUUAUUUGAGUUUAUUACGUGCACAUAAAACGUGACAUGCAUAUUCAUGCAAAUUUUUCCAAUUCCUGAAGCAUUAUUUAUCUUAACAUUGUAGAACACGUUGUCCAAUAUGUCGGGAAAGUUUUGAACAUAAAUUGGAAAGAAGACCUCAUCCUUCAAAGAAACCACCUGGAAAACAGUGA